AUGAAGCGCUCGCUGCAGGGCCCGACUAGCAAUUCCCCCAACACUAGCCCCGGCACCUCUCUCUACCCUUGGUCGCAACGUCGCGUGAAUUUCUCCGCGCCGCAGGCAAACCCCUUUCCGCGAUAUGGGGCGGCGAUCAAUGCGGUCGCCUCGAAGGAGGGCGACGUAUACAUGAUGGGUGGCUUAAUAGACGGGUCUACGGUAAAGGGGGAUCUGUGGAUGAUAGAGAGCAGCGGCGGGAAUCUGUCCUGUGUCCCAAUUGCGACUGUGUCAGAGGGCCCCGGUCCGAGAGUCGGCCACGCGAGUCUGUUGGUCGGAAAUGCUUUCAUCGUGUUUGGCGGAGAUACGAAAGUUGAUGAGAAUGACAUGUUGGACGACACCCUCUACCUGCUGAAUACUUCCUCCCGCCAGUGGUCCCGCUCAAUACCCCCCGGCCCCCGACCUGCAGGACGAUACGGCCAUACCCUGAAUAUCCUCGGCUCUAGACUCUACGUCUUCGGUGGUCAGGUGGAGGGUUACUUUUUCAAUGAUUUGAUUGCCUUCGAUCUGAAUCAACUUUCAAACCCAAAUAACAAGUGGGAGUUCCUGAUUCGGAACAGCCAUCAGGGCGGGCCACCUCCCGGUCAGAUACCUCCCGCUAGAACCAACCAUACCAUCGUCAGCUUCAACGACCGACUGUAUCUGUAA